GCGUCCUGACGUUGCAAAUUUCAAAAGCCGAUUUGUGUCGACAAACGAACGCGGAAACUAAGAGGGGCAACCACAGUGCUUUAAAAGGCAGAAUUUUCGUCUCGCCUUUGGGGAGGACCUUUUUCUUUCUUUUUUUUAAUACUGGAUAUUGGCAACAUGAACGUGAGCGAAGUCCACGCUGCCGAGUCUGUUGCCUACCUCAACAGAGCUCUGGUCCGGUUGCGGGAUAUUUGGGAAAAAAUGGGAAUUCCGGAGGAACAACGCCUUGUGAGGACACAGGCUGUACACAAGCAUAUCAAAGGUUUGCUGGACAUGAUGAUAGCUGAGGAAGAGGAGCUCAAAAAGAGGUUGCUGAACAGCAUAGAAACCUGCCGUAAAGAUCUUAAUCAUCUAUGCAGUGAACUUCAGAUGCCCUUCUUUGAGGAGGAGGAGGGUUGCAGCAUGCUGAAGAUGGAGAAGAACAGCCAAAUGCGUGUGAAGGUGAUGAAGGCGCACAGGAAGCAACGAAUGAAUGAUCUGAAGGAUCUGGUUGAGAAAGACCGUGAGCUUUGCGACAUCAUGUGCACCAAACCCUUCAGCAUUAAUCACGAGUCGGUCCCGUCACUGAAGCAACUCGAGACGUAUCGCACGUAUCUGGAUGAUCUCACAAAAGAGAAGGAGAAGCGUCAUGACCAAUUUGUGAGUGUAAAAAAGGAGAUCAUGGUGUGCAUGGAGGAUCUGGAGCAUCAGCCCGAGACCAGUUUUGAGAUGGAUGUGAUGUGCGAGGAUGAGGAGGCUUUCUGUCUCUCAAAGGACAACAUCGAAGCACUUAAACAACUCCUCAGACAGUUGCAAGAGCGCAAGGCGAAGAACGAGUCUCAUGGCAUGGCACUCCGAAACAAGAUCCAGGAACUGUGGGAAAGGCUGAAGAUCCCUCAGGAGGAGAGGGAGUGCUUCUCCGAGCAUAUGGUCAAGUCAAAGAAGAGGAACAUUGAGGCACUCCAGACUGAACUUCAGCGUCUUGAGCUCCUGAAGAUCCAGAGCAUGAAAAGUGUGAUUGAGUCGAUCAGAGCUGAGAUCGCUCUCUACUGGACACGAUGCUUCUACAGCCAAGAACAGCGACAGGGUUUUGUUCAUUAUCACGAUGAGAAUUUCACAGAGGAUCUUCUCAACCUGCAUGAGGCAGAAGUGGAAACUCUGAAGCGUUAUUUUGAGGACCACAAGGAGCUUUUUGACGGUGUGACAAAAUGGCAGGAGAAUUGGGCCUUGUAUUUGGAGCUGGAUAGGAAAGCUAACGACCCCUCAAGGUUCAACAAUCGAGGCGGGGACCUUCUGAAAGAAGCCAAGCAGAGAAGUGCCCUGCAGAAGAGUUUGCCCAAGCUUGAAAAGGCUCUGAAGGGCCAAAUAGAUGCUUGGGAGCAGGAGCGUGGCCAAGAGUUCUUUGUGGAUGGACAGAAAUUUCUAGACUAUGUGCAGCAGCAGUGGGAGCAGCACCACAUUGAGAGGGGGAAAGAGAAAAUGGAAAGGCAACUGAAGAAGCGUAAACAGACUCAGGAGGACAUGUUGUACGGGACUGCAGUGAGGAUACCGUCCAAAAGGAGGAUUGCUGGAACCGCUACACGAGGCAAACUAAGAAAGAUGGGCCUAGUCUCCACACCAAGCACCUUCAUCAGUUCAGGCCUCGGAGGUACCAUGAGUCAGUCCUCAGUCCACAAACCUCCACUGUCUGCCAGCAUGGGUCUUGGCUUGCGAACCUCCGGACACCCGAAGAUUCCACAUGCACAGGAGGGAAACAAGGGAAAUGUGUCCCACCUGAACAGGAACACUCCAAGUGACACACUCAGGUGUCUGGAUACUCAAGAUCACACCUUCACCUUUAACGCUGUCGCUGGCUCCUAUUUAGAAUUUGCGAGGGAUCUCACAAAGGCUUCUAAAUCCACAGUGAAGCCGGGAUUGCUCAACUCCACCGUCACUCAUCAGUGACCCAAGUCCAGCUAAGUGGUUGCUUAGUUUACAUUUUCUUCCAAAAAUGUAAAUCAUUGACUCCAUGAACAUUUUGACUACCGACACUUUAUAUUAUAGAGUCACUUCUCAGUCACACGUCUGUAUUUUAUUAGACUGUAUAUACAUAUAUUUGCUUUUUUUUCCAUUUCAAUGUUGUCAACAUUCUUAUUGAAAUGUAAUUUGUCACUACAAUUUUUUCCCCCAAAUGCUUCUCUUCAAACACCCUGCUUUUUAAGUCGAGCUGUAAAAAAAUAUCUGAACAAAACGUCAUAUGUUAAUUUAAUUUUUUCAAAUAUGUAGUGUUACCGUCAUCUUUUGAUAUGAGAAUAUUCCUCUACACAUUCAAGUCAUGCGUGUCAUCAGUUCUUCAAGAGCCUUUUCCCGAUGAUUUUCAUGAACAAGCAGCACUUCUUUGAUGGCACUUUGCUGGAAGCCCAUCUCAUUAAACUGAGUCAGGAGGCGCAGAAACUCAGCAGCCUGAAAUAAUCACAUUUUUGUGUUGAAAAUAUUUGUCAAAUGCUCGUGCGCUGAGGAACUAUGGUAAAACGGGCGAGAUUCAAAAAGUGAAAAAGAAGCUGACGUACCAGUUCAGUGAGGAAGUUCUAAGGAACUUUUAUUCUCAUCAAUGCUCUCACUGAGAGGGGCUUUUUUUUUUACAGUUAGAUCAUUACUAUCAAUAUUGUGACAUGAAUUGUAUAAUUUCAUUAUUUUUGAAGCCCAGUAAGCUAUGUACUUUUUUGUUGUCAUUGUCAAA